CCGUCCUCUCACCGGCAGGGGGAGCUCUGCCCAGCGCCGGCUGCGUGCUGCCCCGCCCCGCGCUCUGGGCGCUCUCUCCGCCCGCCCGCCCGGCGCCACGCCCGCCGGAGGCCGAGGGCCAGUCACCCGCUGGCCGGCGUCCCCUAGCCUCUGGCCGCCACGCCCCUGCCCCGCCGCGGGACCGGUAACGGUUACGAAGCACUUUCUGCGCUGUGAUUUCUGCUUAGUCAUUGCCUACCAGGAAACAGCUUCCUGAACUGGGAGCCAACUCUCCUGCGGCGGCCGCAGGAGCAGGAGCCGCAGGCACCAGCGCCUUCUUCCCGGUCCACCGCUCCGUCGCUGUCGCCCGGCCUCCCUUGGACCCGAGAGCAGGCCGUGGUCCUGCCGCGCGGGACGGCAACCGCGCGCUUGGCGCUCCGGCCCGGGGCACCGCGUCCUGCGGGGCGACCGCCUUCCCCGCCUGCCCACCCGCCCGCGGCCCUGUAGCUGCUUCUCCCGCUCGGGCGGCCGCUGCCAUGGGCACCGACAGCCGUGCGGCUAGGGCUCUUCUGGCGCGGGCCAGCACCCUGCACCUGCAGACGGGGAACCUGCUGAACUGGGGCCGCCUGCGGAAGAAGUGCCCGUCCACACACAGCGAGGAGCUUCGAGAUUGCAUCCAGAAGACUUUGAAUGAGUGGAGUUCCCAAAUCAGCCCAGAUUUGGUCAGGGAGUUUCCAGAUGUCUUGGAAUGUACUGCAUCUCAUGCAGUAGAAAAGAUAAAUCCUGAUGAGAGAGAAGAAAUGAAAGUUUCUGCAAAACUGUUCAUUGUAGGAUCAAACUCUUCAUCAUCAACUAGAAAUGCAGUUGACAUGGCCUGUUCAGUCCUUGGAGUUGCACAGCUAGAUUCUGUGAUCAUUGCUUCACCUCCUAUUGAAGAUGGAGUUAAUCUUUCCUUGGAGCAUUUGCAGCCUUACUGGGAGGAACUGGAAAACUUAGUUCAGAACAAAAAGAUUGUUGCUAUUGGUACCUCUGAUCUAGAUAAAACACAGUUGGAGCAGCUGUAUCGGUGGGCACAGGUAAAACCAAAUAGUAACCAAGUUAAUCUUGCCUCCUGCUGUGUGAUGCCACCUGAUUUGACUGCGUUUGCUAAACGAUUUGACAUACAGCUGUUGACUCAUAAUGAUCCAAAAGAACUGCUUUCUGAAGCAAGUUUUCAAGAAGCUCUUCAGGAAAGCAUACCUGACAUUCAAGCACAUGAGUGGGUACCACUGUGGCUUCUGCGAUAUUCAGUGAUUGUUAAAAGUAGAGGAAUUAUCAAAUCAAAAGGCUACAUUAUACAAGCUAAAAGAAGGGGUUCUUAACCAGGAUCCAUGAUCAUAAUUUACUGACUUUGUAUUUUCCUAGCUUAUAAGAUAAAACUGAGAUGUGUAAAAAUCUAGUUUCUGCCUGUAAAUGGUUUCAUUGAGGCAGAUAUCCUUUUAGUCAUAUUUGACAUUAUUUUGUCUGUCAAAUGUCAGUUCCUUUUCUUUCCUCCAUACCAGUUCACUCACAUGAGCCACUAUAUUGUUUGCAUUAAACUAUUGUUCUCUAAUUGAAAUUGUCUGUAAAGAAAAUACUUGCAAUAUAUUUGUUCCUUUAUUUUUAUGACUUAAUAGAAAUCAAGAAAAAUGUUGGUAGAUAUAUUUUGGCCUAGGCAUCAGGGUAAUAUAUAUACUUAUUUUUUAUUUCCAAAAAAUAAUUCAUUAAUGCUUCUUACUCUCUAAUAUAACUAAGCAAUUUAAUAACAGUUAUUAAAACUGAAAUACUGGAAGAUAUUUUUCUGUUACUGAUAAUUAUAUUUCAGAGUAACUGGAGUAGCCAGGAUCUACUAGUAGUGUAAAUAAAAUUCAUUUCUUCAAUACAUGAAUGGAAAUUUAAAUUUUUAUGUGUCCUUGCUUAUAGCUUAGCUAUGAUGACUUAACCUGGUAUUCUUGUGCUGUCUUUUCUUUUGCUAUUGUCUAUAAAGAUAAACCAAAGGAGACUGGAAGCAUUUGAAAUUAUUAUUUGGGGGUUUUAUAAAAGCAACUACUAUCAAUUUCAGAUUUUUUUUUCAUUCUUAAUCCAUCCUUAAUAUUUUAUUACUCAUUCAAAAUAUAUUCUUGAAUAUUCAAGAAGUAUUGAGGUUUACUAUUGCUGUGCACUGUGGACUCUGGAGACAGCAUGGGGUACGGUGGGUAGAGAGCCAGGGAUUGAAAAUCAGUUGAGUAAAAUAUGUAUGAUAUGUGUUCCCUACUAAUAACUAACUAAAAGCCAUAAAAGGGAUGAAAAAAACUUUUAAUUGAGGGCCAAAGUUGUCUAUUUAGACAACUUUGAGAUAGGGUCUUCUUAACUAUGUAUUUAAAAGCAAAACAAUAUAAUCAGAAUUUUAGAGAUAGAAGAGACUAUAGAUCAUUUAAUACAAUUCCUCAGUUUAAGAACAAGAAUAUAGCAAAUAAAUAAGCUGCUAGCUUUGUUGUAUAUGAAAGGUCUCCUUAAUACUAUAAAUUCAUUUCUGUAACCAAAUAGUUUGAAAAAUUCUUUGAAAUACUCUUGCAUCUCAAUCAUUAUCUUUAAAUCAUGGGCAUAUAUAAAACUAGUUUUGCUCAAGUUUUUUCAGCUUACAGAAAAGAAUGAGAUGCAAGCAUUCAAUAUGCAGAGUAAAUACACCAGACCCUUUUCAUUACUAAGGUUUUUUGUUUCCUAGUUGAAUAAUUUGAGCGUUAGAAUUAUCAUGUGAAAUCAGCUGACUUAACCUACAAAAACUUGUGUAGACAGUGAGUGUCCUAAAUAACCUUUAUAUUAAUUGUAUAUAAUGUUAUUAACUAUAUAUAGUUAAUUUUUUAUUUGAAAAUGCACAACUUUUUUUCAUAUAGCAUGAGUUUUAAACAAAUGCUCAUUUUAUUUUAAGCCUACACAGUGAAGUGAUUGAGAUAUUUUAAGACAAAACUUUAAAUAUCACAUUUAUUAUUUUUUUAAAAACUUCUACUUACAGAAAUGGAUUGUUUGAAGGUUUAUUUUGAAAAUGGAAAAACCUUAUAUUGUUAAUGUAGUCAGACUUAAGCAGAAGCAUUUUUAUGUUCUUUUUCCCCUACUAUUGAUAGAAAAAAAAAAAAGCAAGAUUAUGGAUUCAUUUUAUGAAAGGGAUCAUGUUCGGAAUUUUUCCAUGAUUUUUUUUUAUCACCUCUGUACUCUGAAUUUCUAUUACUGAAUAACUUUAUUAAUUUUUUAAGGGUUUAUAAUUUUCCAGAUUGAUGUUCAGAUGAUCAUUUUUCAUGAACCAUCAGAGUGGUGGUUACUUUUCAAAUAUUUAAUUUAAGAAAUUAAUGUUUUAAAAGCCAGAAAAUAAAGAACAGUAAUAUUACCAAAUGAUUGCUUAAAACUGAAAGCUAAGUUAUCAGUAGUAUAUGACACUUAUGUUUUCAAAUGACCAUGACCUGAGGUAGAAAUAAUUUAUACAACUGGGGUUUUUUUUCCCCUGGUCAACAUGAAAAUAAGUUGCAACUCAUUACAUUUUCAAAAUACACUGGCGCCUUACUUUAACACAUGUAUUGGAAUGUAUUUGGGAUUUGUUCUAUGAUGAGUCUGUCAUGGAUUCUCAUCCAAGAAAUUGUAGUCACCAGAAGAGCCAAGGUGUCUUAUAAAAUAUACUUGCAUGCAAUAAACUCCAAAGACCACAUUGUGCCAGUACACCAACAGAGUGUCCGUUUAGGGAUGGCUAGUACUAGAACUUGAAUCACAGGUAAUAGCUAAUAGUUUUUCAGUUCUCAAAAAAAGAGAAAAUAAAAUGUUAUCUUGUCUAUUUUGCCUGAAUGGUUCGGACUUUUUCCGAUUUCACAGCCAAGUAGUAACUGAAAUAAAUCGUGUUUUUCAGGUCUAAGGCUCAUUUAAUUGUCUUUUUAAAACAGAUUUUCUUUGUAACUUUUCCACCUAGUAUUUUCCAUAUUUGGGGAUGUAAGCAAUUGACAUAUUUGUUGUAUAGCAGCUGACAAUUCAUCUUUCUGCCAAAUGUUCAUUUAGAAAAAUGUGAAGCUCUUUUAAUGAGAAUUUAAACCAUUUGGGUCAUUUGUGUUUUUAUACUAGAAUACACCCAUUUAUGAAUCUGAAACUAUUUUUUUCAUAAUUAACUUCCUAAUGUACCAGAACUUGCACCUUUUGUUCCCAUAAAGUUGGGGAUGGUAUAUGUCAAUUUUGAUUUUGAAAAAUAUGUAACAUGGCUUUCAUUAAUAUUUUUGUAGUUUCUAGGAGAAGUACACUUAGAAAGGGAAUUAGAUAAUUUUACUUUUUCUUAUGUGUCUCUGGUGAUGUACUGUAAAGUAAAAGCAAAAUAUGAAACAUUAAUAAAAUAUUUAUAGUGGUUUUAAUUUUACCUAUAUUAUGAGUUUAAUUAAAAUAAAAUAUGAAUUGUAUAUUUUUUGAGUUGUUUCAAUAGUUGGAAGCAUUCUGGAGUACAAUACUGAUUUUGUACUAUUAGAGCUCGAAUUGGUUAUGAUUUGAAAAUAAAUUGUGAGUAAUUUUUUAAAAUCCAAA